AUUAAAAAGACCGGGACAAUUUUUGAAAUGGCAACAUUAAACAAAAAUGUCAAUGUCAAACAACACGUGUUGUUGACAUGCGCGUCCGGGAAAUGUUAUUUUUAUGAAAAUACAACUUUAUUGCGGUAUUCUUUAAAAUAAAUAUUUUACUAGAGUUGUAAAAAAAAUUAUCAAUAAUGUUGCGAAGGCAGGCGCGUUUGCGCCGCGAAUACUUGUAUAGAAAAUCAGUUGAAAACAAACAGAAAAGUAUACAAGCGAAAAAAGAUCAAUUAAAAAGAAGUUUAGAAGAAAACAUUCCUAUCCAUGGUGAUUUAAGAAAAGAAGCUCUCGCUUUACAAAAAAGGAUAGAAUUUGAAGAUAAAGGUCCUGAAAAAGCUGCAGUUAUUGGUGGGUUUAGUGGAGGAGCAAAUACAGCUAAUUCUCAAGAUGAUGAGUAUAGAUAUGCAGGAGUUGAGGACCCAAAGAUCAUGAUCACUACAUCCAGGGAACCAAGUGCAAGACUAAAGAUGUUUGUGAAAGAACUCAGGUUGAUAUUCCCGAACAGUCAGCGUAUGAAUCGUGGUGGUUAUGAGAUGUCUCAGCUCAUACACGCUUGCAGAGCUAAUGAUGUUACAGACUUUAUUGUGGUUCAUGAACAUAGAGGUGUCCCGGAUAGUCUGGUAAUAUGUCACUUACCUUACGGUCCGACGGCGUCGUUCACGUUGUCAGGUGUGGUGAUGAGACAUGACAUACCUGACAUCGGCCCCAUGAGUGAGCAGUACCCGCAUCUCAUAUUCCAUAACUUUAAGACGGACCUCGGUUUAAGAACGAUGAGUAUUUUGAAGUAUUUGUUUCCGGUGCCCAAAGCAGACUCGAAGCGAGUGAUUACAUUUGCUAAUAAUGAUGACUAUAUUUGUUUUAGACAACAUACAUAUAAAAAGGCCGGUAAAGAUAUAGAAUUGACAGAAAUAGGUCCCCGAUUCCAAAUGAAGUUGUAUGAGAUAAAACUGGGCACAUUAGAUGCCCUGGAGGCUGCGGACACGGAGUGGGCGCUCCGCCCCUACAUGAACACGGCUGCCAAACGAAGAUUCCUAAGCGAUGAGGACGGCUGGCAGGAGGAACAAUAAAAUAUUACU